GUGGAAGAUACGAUGAAAUUGUGGUGUGGAUAAGGGAACGUGGACAAUGUAAGCAUCACAAAAGUAUUCAGACUGCAGCAUUUCAUCAUUUUCUUUUCCUCGCACCAACAGUGAAAGCGAGGGAGUAGAAAUGGCGGAAAACGAAGGCCCAAUUCGUUUCGGGAUAAUGGGAUGCGCUGAGAUCGCCAGAAAAGUGUCCCGAGCCAUACUGCUAUCCCCCAACGCCGCCCUCGUGGCCGUCGCGAGCCGCACCAUCGACAAGGCCAAACAAUUCGCACUUGGCAACAAAUUACCGGAAAGUGUGAAGCUCUAUGGAAGCUACGGCGAAUUGCUGGACGACCCUUUGGUUGAUGCAGUGUACAUGCCGCUGCCGACCACUCUGCACUCCAAGUGGGCGGUGAUGGCAGCUCAAAAGGGCAAGCAUCUGCUGCUCGAGAAGCCCACGGCUCUUGACGUUAAGGUGCUCGACGAAAUGCUGCAGUCGUGUGAGACCAAUGGGGUGCAGUUCAUGGAUGGCAGCAUGUGGUAUCAUCACCCGCGGACCGCUAAAAUGAAGGACUUGCUAUCCAACUCCCAUGUUUUUGGGCCUCUUAAAGCUAUCCACAGUUCUUCGUCGUACCACCCACCACCUGAUUUUCUUGAAAACAAUGUUAGAGUGAAAGCAGAGCUGGAUGGGCUUGGUGCCCUAGGUGAUGCAGGAUGGUACUGCAUCGGUGCCAUACUGUGGAGUAUGAACCGGAAACUGCCCACGACCGUGACUGCUCUGCCCACCGCUGUUAGAAACUCAGCUGGAGUCAUCUUGUCAUGCAGCGCCUCUAUGAUAUGGGACGAAGAUGAAACUGUUGCAACCUUCUUUUGUUCGUUUCUUGCUCAUGAAACAAUGUCCCUUGCAGUGUGUGCCUCCAAUGGGACGCUUAAUGUUGACGACCUCAUAAUCCCUUACGAAGAGACUGCUGCUGGAUUCAGCUACACAUCGGGUGCUAAGUUUGUCGAUCUGCAUAUAGGGUGGAACGUGAAGCCUCAACACGUUCAAGUGGAAACGAAGCUGCCACAGGAGGCUCUGAUGAUUCAAGAAUUCUCCAGGCUAGUGAAGGACGUUAAAUACCAUGGAGGUCGACCGGAUACGAGCUGGGCUGAAACCAGCAGAAGCACUCAGCUGGUGUUGGAUGCAGUCAAGAAUUCCAUAGAUGAUGGUUAUAAGGCAGUUAAGAUGUAAGUUUAUAUGCUCGAACUUGAUGUUUAUAGCUGAGUCAUGAUUGAUUUUUACUCUUCACAUCCAAUCUUUUCAUAUCACCAUGGAGAAGUUGAAAUUUGUAAAAUCUUCAUUUUGUAACGUUUAUUGACAAUACAGUAUGUAUACAUCAAAGAUAAUUACUGAUGAAA